UGUUGCUCAUGAUCAAGGGCACACCGAGGGAGAAUGCACCUACAGCUUAAAUUUGGUGACACCUCUUUUCUGUACCUGGUCAGGGGAAUUGUCAGAAUGGAAUGCAAGCCAUUCUGAGUGUUACAGCAAUAGGGGGAAGUCAGACUGAAUCAUUUUUGAGUCUCUUCUACAGGAAAUAUUUUUGUGAGAAAGUAUGUGACAAGCAUGGCAGUAACACACACGUGUCCCUGUACUGCUUUAAGCAAAUAUUUUGUUUUCAGUAGCUGUGAUAAGCUCAGUGUAAUAUCUAAUCUUACUAAAGGCUGAGAUGCUUUCUGAUUAAUGUAUUCAGCCUAACAUCAUUUGCAAAUCACUUGAAAGUGUAUGUGGUCUUGAGACACAGAAAUUAUGAUAUUUUCACCACUAUCAUCUUGUUUUUGCAAGGAAGAAUACCAUAGAUGAGAUUCUAAAACAUGAUACAUAAAUACAUCUUAGGCAUAGAUGCCUUAGACCUAAAGUCAUCAGUUCUCUCUUUUUGUUGGUUAUAUGAUGACUGGAAAUCAGUCUGGCCAUGUUAUUGUGUUUAAAAUAAGCAAAUGUCCAGUUUUCAACACUUCCACAGGAUGUCAGCAGAAGUAGUAGUGUGUGAUGAAUUUAAAGCAAAUGCAAAUAUGUGUAAGGGGUUUUUUUCCAAGAGUAAAAAAUGUGAGAAAGAGCACAUCAAAAAGUAUGAUGUACAACAUUCUGGCUGUUUAACCUAAAAAACAUAUCCCAAGUAACUAUUUUAAAGGAAAAGUAAACACAACUUCUCAUAUUGAAAUGAAGCUCUUCCCUGUUUCUUCCAGUAUAUCUGUGAAACAAAAUGUAAAGCACCUUGAUUUGGAAAGGGAAAAAAAGCUACCCUAACCCUAAUCAUUCCCCUGCAGAGGCUGAAAAGCAGAACUCCUGAGCUACAGUUUCUAGAUUUACUUACUUUAUACAGCAAGCAAGGGAAGAGGAAUAACAAGAGCAAUAGUAAAAAGUCUGCAAAACCUUUGGAAAAGACAAUAGCCAAAGUUCCAAAUACGGAUGGAGGCAGAAGCAGGUUUUAAUUAUACCAUUGUUAAAAAAAAACCUGCAGAAAGACUUGUCAGGUUGCAAUUCAUGGUAGUCUUGUCUAUCACCAUUUGCUGCCAGGCUCAAAAAUUAAAUGAAUAUGAGAAGUUUUUGCAUGAAAGUUGUAAAAUAUUGUCACUAACCCACCCCCACACACCCAUUUCAUUUCACACUGACAAAAGCUGAGAUGAAUGAGUUGUUGUCUGGCCCUUCCCACUUUGUAUAGUCAUUGGCUGGCUUGGUUCUAAAAAGGAUUUUAAAAAGGGGAAUAAUGUGCCUUUGCCUGGGAUCUGAGACUGUCAGGGUGCUGAAAAGCUGAUCCGUGAGCUGCCACCAUGCAGAUCUCUUGGGCUGUGUGCGCUGUCUGCGUCGUGACACAAAUUACAUUUCAGUCUGCUCAAGGGUGGCAGAUGUUUAAAAAUGAUGCUACAGAAAUCAUUCCUGAGGUCCCUGAAAAUACAGAAACACCGAUGGAGCAGACUUUCAGCAACAACAACACAAUGAAUCAGGCAAAACAUGGAGGAAGACACAUACAACAAACUCCAGACCUGAAUGAUGCCUCCGACUUCAGCUGCCGGGAGAUGCGCACCACGCGCUACGUGACGGACGGGCCCUGCCGCAGCCUGAAGCCCGUCAAGGAGCUGCUCUGCUCCGGCCACUGCGAGCCCUCGCACCUCCUGCCCAACUCCAUCGGCAGAGGCAAGUGGUGGCGCCAGAAUUCCCUGGAUUACCGCUGCAUCCCCGCCCACAGCCGCACGCAGCGCAUCCAGAUGGCCUGUCCCCACGAGGAGACUCGGACUUACAAAUUCCGAGCUGUCACGUCCUGCAAGUGCAAGCGCUACACUCGCUACCACAACCAGUCUGAGCUCAAGGACUUCGGGAAGGAAGCUGCCAGGCCUCAGAAGAACAAGAAGCCCCAUCUCUCCAGAGCCAGGAGCAGCAAAUCUAACCAGCACGAGUUAGAAAAUGCUUAUUAGAAGGUGGCUCUGGGUGACACAGACUAGCAGCUCUGGAUGUUUUGUAAACCAUCAAAAGGCACUCAGAGGCCACAGCAUGAUGUUCUGACUGCAGUAGGUUCCAAUUCCUUCUGCUAAGCUGGGUCAAAGGCUCACAUAGGCAAAAAUCUAUCAGAUUAUAGCACUUAUGGUCUGAUAAGAGAAUGAGAUAAAGCGAGCUGGAGGUAGCUGGAGGUACCCCUUGGAGGUUCACGGGAGUUUGUGUGUCUUGUGCGAGUAGGAAGGCAGAGGAAAGUGAAGCUGUUAUGGUGACAAUCACGCUUUGCUAGAAAUCAUUCCACUCACUUUAUGUGAAAAGAAUAUUGAGAUCCCUUUCCCAGACAAUGAUGCAGGACAAGCUUGCAAUUAGGGAAGCACCAGGAGAGUCAGCACUCUCUGAAGGAGCCAUAGAAAGUUAGGGGUAACAGGGAUUUCAAGUUAUGGUGAAUGAAAUCAAAUUGUUGGGAAAUUAACACACUAUCAGAUGUCCUCGUGCACCAGGUGUUUCCUCUCAAACACAGAAAUCAAAAUACGACACUAGUGUUCUCAAAACAGAAAUAAAAGUGUGACAAAUCUGUUUCAUACUUUUAAUUAAAAGAUUAUGGGGUCAACAGAUUCAAAACUGAGAUCUGGCAACUAAAACCAUAUUGAUUUAGGAACAAUGAUUUGUUUUAGGGACAAUUCAACAAAUUCUAGUAAGUGGAGCAGAUUUAUGAAAGGGAUGCUCCUCUCAAACCAGAUGACCUCACUGAUGUUUGUCCUGUAAACAGCUGACAAUAUACAUAGUUUAACAUAGAAGAUACUGAUUAUUCCUUAUUUCCUAGAACAGGUUCGACUUUAAUAUCAGCUUAGAUACAUCCAUUUACAUUUUCUGUUCUGUAGAGUUUGGAUUAUCUGGCCACACACUCUGUAGCACUAAAACUGUGCAAACCAAGCUCUGUGAGUAAGGUGGUGGUUCUGCAUUAAAAGUGAGCCUCUGCUAAGUCAUGAAUUCCUCUAGAAAAGUCUUUAGUAGAUGCAGCUUUGGUAAGACUUUAGUUUGGCAGCAACUUUCCUUUACUUGGCAUCUCAGCACUCAGACUAAUGUUUGUCUUUUUACAUUAAAGAAUAUUGUUAGAAAGUGAAUUGUCACAUAGUGUAUACGUCCUGUAGAACUUAUGCUGAAAUAAUAUAAACUGUGGAAAUUUGCAAUGUU